UCACGCUCUCCAGGGCCUUGUCGUGCCGUGGAAUUGCUGUGUUUUGCCCUGGUUUUCCUCGGAGAGAUAAGGGCGGGGGUGCUGCUGGGACUUCGGGCCGGUCUUGCGAAGUGUCAUGCUGUGGAGCGGGCGAAGGGCCUUCGGGGCUCCCGGUCCACGGCCCUCCCUGGAACGGGGCACCUGCGAGCAAAGGGCAGGGCGAGUAGGUGCCCCACGCCAUGCAGCACGGGGAGCGGUGGUGGCAUUUGCUGUCUGCUGAAGCAAGGCGGGAGCUCCGAGCCGGGCGCUCUGCCCUCGGUGGUCUUGGUGGUCUUUUCACUUGCGUUCACCAGACUCCCAGACGCACAGUGGUGUUAACAGGUUGCGGCGGCUGUGGUGGUCGUGCUCCUGUCACCUAUAUGGUUCAUAAAACGAGCUGGAGUUAAAGUAUUUCGGUGUUAUCCGACUUUUCCCUUCUCACAAGCCUUUGUUUUUGAACUGCAACAUGUUCAGGAAGUUUCGGACAACUUGAGGCUCUUAGUUCUGGGCUGUUCAGCUAAUUGCUCUGAUGUUGCCAAUAAUAUGUAAUAAUGUUGCUUGUCUGCAUUCCAUACUCUUUCCAUUUCUGAGUCUACUUUUUUUUAAGCAGCUUAGUGUUCAGAAAUUUGAUUUCAGAGUCUUGUUUUGAUCUGUGACAGCCUCUUUUUGGUAAAAGUGGUCCCCAUUACUGCAUUAGUUUUCUGUAGUUUUAUGUCCUGGGUCUAUAUUUGAGAUUCUGAAUUGCACACAAAGCUGUAGCACAUGCUGGAAAAUCAGUGCAGGAAAAGCAGGGGAGUAGGACAAUAACUGUGCAAUGUUGUUGAAAUAAAAGUUUCAUAAGUAAUAAAACAGGAUUUGCUUCUUUUAUUUUCUCUUCCUCUUUCUUGCCUUCCUACUUGACCCUCUUCUGCUUUUGCUUCAGUGCAUUACUUUUUACUAGUAGGGACUUCACAGGCCAGUUGUAAAUCUUGUUGCUUAAGGGUUUUUUUGUCUCCCUGUCUUUGGGAUGACUGUGCCAGAUGGCAACAGGAUCAAAGUCAUAACUGCAGUGGAUGUGAGUUUAGAAUCUAUAUAUGUGGAUGUCCUUAAAAAUUCACUGAUUUUUUUUUUCCUUGUUCCAGAUGGAAGAGUUCAUGCUUACUGCUUUGCAUAAUAGCAGAGGCUAAAUAGGCAUGGAGGAGACUAUAGUGGGGAUGAGAAGUGUCAAAAGAGAAGAAAUGAAUCCUGCAAAUGGUGAUUCAGUGUUUGGGACCAUUUUUGACUGGGACUAUCUCUUAUGGGAAAUUCGUUUGAUAUUUUUAGCUUCUGGUUUUUUAAUCUACUUGGGAGUAUUUCUUCUGUCUCACUGGUUGUCUUCUUGGAGAAGUACCACUUACCGUGCCUUGUAUGCAAAGGAGAAGGUUUUUUGGAAUAUGGCAGUCACACGUGGUGUGUUUGGACUUCAGAGUUGUGUUGCUGGGUUAUGGGCUUUGCUCAUAGAUCCUGUUUUUCAUGCUAACAAAGUCAAUUCACAGCAAAAGUGGAGUUGGUUUAACUGUUUAAUAGCAGCUGGAUUUUUCUUGCUUGAAAAUGUAGCAGUUCAUGUAUCCAACGUUAUUUUUAGAACAUUUGAUGUUUUCUUGGUAGUUCAUCAUUUGCUUGCUUUUGGUGGCUUGGCUGGUUUAGUAAUUAAUGUGAAAUCUGGUCAUUAUCUGCCUUUGAUGGGAAUGUUGCUGGAGAUGAGUACUCCCUCAACGUGCAUUUCCUGGAUGCUUCUGAAGGCUGGCCGCGCUAACACCUUUUUCUGGAAAGCAAACCAGUGGGUGAUGAUCCAUCUGUUUCACUGUCGCAUGAUUCUUACCUACCACAUGUGGUGGGUGUGUAUUUUCAAUUGGAAUUCUAUUGUAGAAAAUCUGGGACUUCUUCACUUUAUUGUUUUAUUCUCCGGAUUAUUUGCUGUUACACUAAUACUUAACCCAUACUGGACAUACAAAAAAACUCAGCAGCUCCUCAACCCAACUGACUGGAACUUUGAAAAUAAAGCAGUGGAAAAUGGAAAAUUAAAUGGUGAAACACGUCAAAAGAAGAGGAUAUAGCACUGAAACAACAAUUUUCCCAGCAGGGUAACAGAAGAAUACAAUGCAAACUCAUUCUUGGCACAUGAACUAGAAGAUUUUGCGAGAAGCUCACUGACUCCUUGCUGGUAGUACUGUGUAUACAUCACAAGUGUUGAAAAGCAUUGUUUAUGUUUCUCAUGUGUAUAUAUAUAAGAACUUCAACCCUCAUUAUGAAUUACACCAACAAUUUGUCACGAUGGACAGUAUUUCAUAAUUUAGUAGUGAUGUGCUCCCUAAUGGCAUGUUUUUUUUUCCCUAAUGCUUCAAAGUAGCUUUACAGUAAGUCAUCUAUUAAGCUUAGCUUGAAUCAAGUUUAACUUGAAUCCUAUUUCACAUAUGAUGGAGAUACUGAUACUGAAAAUUAUGUUAAAUUGUUUAUUAAGAUCAAUUAUGAUCCAAGUUAGGUAUGCAUGGGUACCUAAUUCCUGUGUGCCAGUGAAUCAUUCCAAGUGGCAGAACUGGUCAGUAAGCAGGUAGAAUGCAGUUAUGGCCCACGUUUGGGUUUUGUUGUUGGUUGGUUUGUGGGUUUGGGGUUUUUUGGGUAUUUGUUUUUUCUGGUUUUUUUUGGUUUUUUUUUUUAAUCUUUUUUUAAGUGCACUUAAGGAACGGGAGAAUAAUUGUUUGUGGGUUUGCUGUCAAAGUUGUAGUUUUCAGGUUGCCCUCAGUAUAGGAGGAGUUCAUACCCUUCAAAACCAUGCAUGUGGAGAUCCAUGCAUUUUCCAUAUGAGUGGUCUGGUAGGUAAGCAUAAACUCCAAGGCUCCUUCUGAACUUGAAACCAGUGAAAUGAAAGUGGCAAUACCAGAAGGUGAUUCUGUAUUGUUCUUGAAAAAAAUGCUGCUUGAUAAGUAAAAAUUAUUUUGUUGGUAGGUCCCACAUGAGGGAUCACAUAAUUAGUUCCUCUAGUACUUCUGUUAUGGCUCCUCUUAUUUUUGGGAAUACACUUAGGAUUUUUUAGAUGGUUUCAGAAUCCAAGGUGACUUCUCUAUGGAGGAAAGCCCAUAUCACCUCCUGUAGGAGUUCGGUUGUUUUAAUAUUUUUAUUUAACUUUAAAGAGCAUAUCAAGUGACACUAACAAUCCUUUGCACUUUAUCUGCCACAUGACAAAAAUAUUUCCUUAACCUGAGAAACUGGGUUGUUCUUUAGAUAGGGACUAAUGGUGAUGGAUGUUCUCCCACUUAUUUUAGUUUGAUGGUUCUUGGGUGAAAUGCUGGGAAGUGGAUGGAGGGAUAAAGAUCAUGACAGAAGAGAGAGAUGCCUAGUGGCAGGACAAUGACAGGGUAUUAGUUUUGGUGCUUGAAACAAAUGAGAUUUUAAAAAAAUGGUUAAUUGGAACUCUGUGUGACAUGACUGCUACACAGAUUUAUUUCCCAAAGCAUUAAGACUGGGUGAGCCCAAGCUGUGAAGAAUUUUAGAUCAAGCCAUGAAUUAGAGGCUUUGUGGACUGAUCUGUGGUGGAGCAUAUUGUUUUAAAUGUCUGAGGGAACACUCUUUGGUGUAAACAGCCCCAUUUUAUUAAUAUUUGGUGGGAAUGUCUUUGAUUUGUUCUGAGUGAAGGGAGUGUUUGGGUUGCUGUGUUCCCUAAUGCACUGUGUGUGAACACAGAGUUGAAUUGCUGUUCUGUAAUGGAGAGGAAACUUCUUACUUUAUGUCACAAAUAGAUAGCCAGAUCUUGUUGAUAAUGGUGAAGUGGUGAAUAUCUGAAAUUGCCCAUUGAAAACCAGGCUGAGAGGGUCAUAGUAAUUUUACACAGCAGCUCUGUCUGUUAUUGUGCUGCUAUAUAAUAGAUAAAUUCUAAGUUUGAAGCUACCUUCUUGUUUCUAAGCUGGGCAGAAUGAAGUUACAGUGUUGUCUGCCUGGGCACCAUCCUAUAUUAAAAAGGGUUCUCAAAAGUUUGAAAUGGUGUACCUGUCUUGAGGAGUUAUAUGUGGGACAGUAAUGUUAAAAGUACUUCAGAAGAAACCAGAGGGAUGGAUUUCCUUGCUAUGGAACCAAAACAUAUGAUCUGAAUGCAUGUCUUGCAGAAUCCAAACCUCACUUGCAGGCGUUCCAGGGAGAAAGGAAGAGAAUAAGUCAUCAGGUAUCAGAAUGAUGGUAUAGUCUUAUGAAGCUUAAAACUGGAAGGUUUGGAUUUGAUAAAACAAGGUAAUAAUUGUUGAAAUCCCAGCUACAGAAUUCUGAAGAAUCCUAACAGAAAAUGGAAACAUCAGAAGUUUGGGAGGAGUGUGUAAUUCUUACAGUGGCUGGUUCAAGAAUGUGAAGUUCCUAUGUGCCAAAAAAAUCGUAUGGAAGGGUGGGGGGUUAGUAGUGAAUUGAGACUGAAAAAAGGUGGGAAUUUAUGUCACAGCACCAGAUGUCUAAAGUUUAAUAUUUUAUAUUAUUAAUUUGUAUAACUUUAUUAAUUGAAUUUAAAAUCUUUCAUUAAAAUUGUUUUUAUCAUCACAAUGCAGUCUUUUUUAGUUUGCAUCCUAGUGUGAGUUUUUUCACAAAAAGACUUAGGGUUUGCAUGUCUUAACUAUAUAAUGAAUAUAUAGAGCUCCUGUUAACCUAAACACUGCUAGACCUCCUAGAUCAAGAAAACUAUGCAAUAAAGCAAAUAACAGUGCUUAUUUUAUUUCUGUUGGUUUAGGAGUAGUUUACAGUCCAGCUAGAAAUACAGCACAACAAAAAUGCAGACCUUUCUUCAUCAUCUUCUUCAUGGCUUAGUGUUGGUGUUACCAGUUCUGUUACACAAAGCUGCUUUUUUAUACUUGAAUAUAAAAGGACCUUUUAUAAGGGCAUGUAGUGAUAGGGCAAGAGUAAUGGCUUUAAACUAAAAGAGGCAAGAGCUAGAUUAUAUUAGGAAGAAGUUGUUCCUUAUGAGGGUGGUAAGGCACUGGAACAGGUUUCCCAGAGAAGUUGUGGAUACUCCAUCUGUGGAAGUGUUCAGGGCGAGGUUGGAUGGGGCUUUGAACAGCCUGAUGUAGUGGAAGGUGUCCUUGCCUACAGCAGGAGGAUUGGAACUGGACAAUCUGUAAGGUCUCUUCCAAUUCCAGACUUCUGGGAUUCUUCACUGUCUAUUGACUGCUCCCUGUAGGAGGAUUUUCUGAUUUAUUACUGUGGAAGUCACAUUGCUCUGAAAAAAGUCUGAAAAAGUUCUUGAUCUGAGAGUUUUGGGGUUUAUUUACCCUUAUAACUAAGUGCUCCUUUUCAGCCCAGAGUUAGAGUAGCCAUAUAAUGUUUGUAAAUUUUGUUGAAGUGAAAUUAAUCCCAGUCCUGUUGGGCCUUACACAGCCUCAUUCACAAUCCGAUUUUGAAAAAUUCAGUCAGCUUCAGCAGUGGCUGGAUUGGGUCAUAGGGUAUGAUGCUGUGGGUUUGGAAAACUUGUGUAACAUGAUUUUGGGUGAAUUCCUUGGUUGCCAAGGUGACUUCUAGGGACUUGGCACUGCUUUCUUGUGGAACAAGAAAAAGCCCAAACAAUAAAAACUCAAACCAGCAAACUGUGGUGGGGAUAGUGGUGUUCAGUUAUUUUGGUUUGGGGAUUUUUGUUUUUUUUUUUUUUUUAAAGAAAAAUGUCUGAUUUGAGACACCUUGUCCAGUCAUCUGGUUCUUAUUGUCUUUGUACAGCAUUCCUAAAUCAGAGUUUGUGUUUUCGUCCAUUUCUAUCCAGUGUUUUUUUUCCAAAACUUGUCAUUGUUUUGGAACCUCUGAACCCACUUCAUUUUUUUUUUUUUUUUUAUUCUUACUUGCAGUACUGGUCAUGAUCUUGGAGGAGUCACAUUACCACUAUGAUAUUUUUGUCCAAUAGUUUUCAAUACAUCCUUUCAGGCCCAUCUUCCACUAAAUAUUCAUGUCCAAAUCUUUCAGAGUGUUUUUGUGUUUUCCUGAUAGCAUGGAUUAAAUACUGAUGUGAUAUGCAAGAAACCUUUAAUCUCAGGGAGACUCCCCUUUAAAGUGAAUUUAAAAGUGUUAAUCAAACUCAAGUCUGCUCUUGUACAAUAUAAUGUUUGUUGAAAAACAUCUUUAUACUAUACAUAAAUAAAAGUAUUUUAAUGAAUAUCUGUCUAUCAUGAGUUUCAUUUACUGAUUAAAACAAUGCCCAUUAUUUUUACUUGCUAUUUGUAGCUUAAACAGU